AUGAGCGAGAAGGAUAUCACCGCCGCAGAGCCGGCGCCUCGGGCUCCGAACGCUGCAGAGCCCGUCGUGACUGCCGCCUCUGAGGAGACUGCCGUACCCAAGUCCGAGAAGAAGGACCAUGGGGUACUGGAGCAGAGCAACGAGAAGGGAGGCAAAAACCAGCCAGAGGCUCGUCCAGAACGCCAGGCCGGGGUUAAAGAUCUAGUUCGUGUAUUCGGCUACGCGACAAAAUGGGACUACCUGGCCUAUCUGGUCGGUUUCUUUUCGUCCAUCGCCGCUGGUGUUUCUCUCCCACUUGUCAUGGUCCUUUUUGGUCAACUCGUGGAAAAGUUCCAAACCUUUGCCACCCCUGGUGCUUUGGAUCCUUCUCUCGUGGAUGUCGACACUCUCCAGGAGCGCAUGGGCGAUUUCGAGAGCGAGAUUAACAGGCUUUCCCUGUUUAUGACGGCGCUCUUCAUUGUCCGUUUUGGAUGCAACUACAUCAACAAGGUUACUUUCCGAAUGGUUGGCAUUCGCAUGUCCUCUGCUGUGCGGGCCGCAUUUCUGCGAGCUCUGUUUGCCCAGUCCAUUCAUAUCGGCAUUUCCGAGAAGAUGGGCGUCUUGGUCGAGUUCACCGCCACCAUUAUCGCUUCCCUUGUCAUCGCCUUCAUCUACAGUUGGCGCCUCACUCUGGUCUGCUUUAGUGCCACCGUCUUCAUCAUGCUCACUCUCGGCAUCCUCUUGCCUCUCAUCUUGAAGGGCGUGGCCAGACUUAACAGGGCCGAGUCUAAGGCUACCGCCAUCGCCACCGAGGCACUUAGCAGCGUUCGCAUCAUCGCUGCUUGCGGUGCCGAGGACGCAUGCUCAAGCGCUACAGAGAGUGGUCGGAAGAGGCGAGGCGCUUGGCCCAGAAGGUCUCGCCUCUCGUGUCUCUCCAAUUCGGUCUCGUCGUACGUGUUUCCUAGUUGUCUUCGCUCGUGUCUUGCCCCCUACUUUGUUGUUGGCACUCUUGCUAAUGGGAUUCCGCAGUUUUUUGCCCUCUGGGCCGUCUUCGGCCUUGCCUUCUGGUUUGGCAUCAAGUCCUACCUUGAUGGGGUGCUGAGUGGAGUCGGCGAUAUUGUCAUUGUGUUGAUGUCGUCCAUGAUGUUGGUCAUGUCCAUGGAGCGUGUCUCCACGCCCAUGCUUGCUCUCGGAAAGGCCAUGCUCGCUGCCUGCCAGUUCUUCACCGUCAUUGAUGCUCCUUUGCCUAACCCUGGCCAUCUCAAGGCGCCCGAGGUGGCUGCUACGGAUGACAUCAACUUCAACGAUGUCACCUUUGCCUAUCCUAGCCGGCCUGACGUCAAAGUGCUCGACAACCUCAACCUUUCUAUCCCGGCCGGCAAGCUCACCGCCAUCGUUGGCCCCUCAGGUUCCGGAAAAAGUACCAUUGUCGGCUUGAUCCAACGCUGGUAUGCUCUUGACGAUCAGUACAUCAUCGAAAAGGCCAUCGGUCAAGAGGAGAUGGAGAAGCGCAAAAAGAAGGCUGCCAAGGCCAAGGCUAGGGAGAAGCGUAUGAAGAAGGGCAAGGCCACAGCCCCUAGCGACGAGUCUUCUGAUGAGGAAGAUGAGGCAAAUGCCGAAGAUAAAGCUACCGGAGAACCCAUCAAGAACGGCGGCCGCAUCACUUGCGGUACCACUCCCAUCGAUGACAUUCAGGCCAUCUGGUGGCGCACGCAGAUUGGCUUGGUCCAACAGGAGCCCUUCUUGUUCAACGACACCAUCUUCAAGAAUGUCGCCUACGGUUUGAUCGGCUCUCUGUGGGAGAACGAGUCAGAGGAAAAGAAGCGCGAGCUUGUCAAGGAGGCCUGUACCGAAGCGUUUGCCAGCGAAUUUAUUGACCGGUUGCCCGAGGGUUAUGAUACAAUUGUUGGUGAGAGUGGAGCCAAGUUGAGCGGUGGCCAGCGCCAGCGAAUCGCCAUUGCCCGCUCCAUCGUCCGUAAGCCCAAGAUUCUCAUCCUUGACGAAGCCACCAGCGCCAUCGAUGUGCGAGGCGAGAAGAUUGUUCAGGCCGCUCUCGACAAGGUUGCCCAAGGCCGUACCACGAUUACCAUUGCCCAUCGUUUGUCCACCAUUAAGAAGGCCGACUGCAUCAUUGUUCUCAAGAAAGGCCAAGUGGUGGAAAAGGGAACGCACCAGACCCUCCUCGAGAACCCCGCAGGCGUGUACUCUGGCCUCGUCCUCGCUCAGCAACUAAACCUCGGUGACACUGCUGAAGGGAACGAAUCCGACGAUUACGAUGAGAAGCUCGAAACUGCCAUGAGGCAAGGAACGAACCGCGGCUUCAUUGCUGGCUACGGUCGUCUCCUCGUGGAGCAGCGAAAUUUGCGCGUCUUCCUUGCAUUGACCAUCUUCUUCGCUGCUUGUGUCGGCGCCGGUAUCCCCGUCAUGGCCUACCUCUUUGCCAAAGUUAUUGUCGUUUUCAACUACGUUGGAGACCCCGAGAAGAUGCGAUCAGAGAGCAACCAUUGGUCUUUGAUGUGGGUCGUCUUUGCCAUCGCUAUUGGCUUCUCUUAUUUCUUCCUCGGAACUGUUUCACAACACAUCGCCGUGUCAAUUGAGGAUGUUUACCGGAGGGAGUACUUUGAGUCCAUUCUCUAUCAAAAGAUGAGCUUCUUCGACAAUGACGAGAACGCCCAGGGUAUCCUUACCUCGAGAAUCUCAGGCGACCCCAAGCUCUUCCAGGAAAUGACGGGUCUAAACAUGGGUAUGGUUUACUCUAGCAUCUUCAGUCUUCUCGGCGGCAUGCUCAUCGCCUUCAUCUUUGGCUGGAAGCUUGCCAUCGUCGCCUUCUUCGUUACGAUGCCCAUCGGCCUCUUCUCGGCCUUCUUCCGCGUCAAGUACGAGCUUGAGUUUGAAAGAAUGAACGGCGAGGUCUUCGACUCGAGCUCCAAAUUCGCUGCGGAGACUAUUGGCGCCUUCCGAACAGUGUCGUCGCUCACCCUCGAGGACACCAUUGCUACACGUUACGAGACCCUCCUUCAUAGUCACGUCGUAACGGCCUUCCGCAAGGCCCUCUGGACCAGUCUCAUCUUUGCUUUCUCCGACAGCUCCAGCUUGGGUUGCCAGGCCCUUAUUUUCUGGUAUGGCGGCCGGCUCAUGCUCAAGGGAGAGCUCGACAACACCGCCUUCUUCAUCUGCAUGAUGGCCGUCGUCCAGGGAGCCGAGAGCGCGGGUCAGGGUCUCAGCUUCGGCCCCAACGUUGCUCAGGCCAGUGAAGCAUCCAACCGCAUCCUCAACGUUCGCGAGACCCGCAACAAGGACGACAUCUCCAAGGACGUAGGCAUCCCUGACACUGACGGCGGCGUCAAGAUUGAACUUCGGGACGUCCACUUCAAGUACCCCUCUCGCAAUGUGCCCGUCUUCAAGGGCCUCAACCUCACCAUUGAAAAGGGCCAGUUCGCGGCGCUUGUGGGUGCGUCGGGCUGCGGCAAGACCAGCAUCAUUUCAUUGCUUGAACGGUUCUACGACCCGGCCAUGGGCCAGAUCCUUGUCAACGACAAGGACGUCCAGGAGCUCAACGUUUACUCGUAUCGAAACUACCUUUCCCUCGUCGCCCAGGAACCCACCUUGUUCCAGGGCACGCUGCGCGAGAACAUCCUCCUCGGCGUGGACCCCGAACAAACCACGGAAGAGCAGCUCCACGCGGCUUGCCGUGACGCCUCGAUCCACGACUUCAUCGUCUCACUUCCCGACGGCUACAACACCAGCGUGGGCAGCAAGGGUGUCUCUCUCUCGGGCGGACAGAAGCAACGUGUUGCUAUUGCCCGCGCCCUCAUCCGCGAUCCCAAGGUUCUUCUCCUCGAUGAGGCCACUAGCUCCCUCGACUCCGAGUCCGAGAAGCUCGUCCAGGCAGCUUUCGAGCGCGCCGGCGAGGGCAGGACCAUGGUUGUUGUCGCGCAUCGUCUCGCCACCGUUCAGAACGCCGAUGUCAUCUUCGUCUUGGGCGAGGGUAAGCUUUUGGAACAGGGUAGCCACACCGAGCUCCUGAAAGCCAAGGGCGUAUACUGGAAUAUGUGCCAGAGCCAAGCCUUGGAUAGGUGA